UUUAGAUGGGAAAACUUUGAAAUCUUAGAUUUAAUCUACCAGAGUAGAAGCUGUGACAUAAGGGAGGCUGCUGAGUUUAAUGGAGAUGGACGAUCCUUUCUCCAUGCAAAUCAUGAGCAAACUCAUACUGAAAUGAAAUUCUACAAAAGUAGCAAGCCCAUCAGGACUAAGUCACAAUCUCUUAAAAUUCAGGAAAGAAUAGAGAAUACCUAUGAAUAUACUGAAAGUGGGAAAGCCAUCCUCAAGAAGCCUCAGCUCAUGGAACAUAAGAGAAUUCAUACAGGAAAGAAACCCCAUGGAUGCAGUGUCUGUGGGAAAACCUUUUCCAAGAAUUUCAAGCUCACUGAACAUCAGCAUGCUCACAGUGGAGAGAAACCUCAUGCGUGCAAACCUCAUGCAUGCAGCGAGUGUAGGAAAGCCUUUCUCAGGAGAUUUCAACUUACUGAACAUCAAAAGAGUCAAAUGGGAACUAAACCCCAUGUGUGCAGGAUGUGUGGGGAAGCAUUCUCCAGAAAGUUUAGGCUAACUAAACACCAGAGAAGACACACAGGAGAGAAACCUUAUGAAUGCUCUGAAUGUGGCCAAAUCUUUUGCAGAAAGGCAGAGCUUAACAAACAUCAGAGAAAUGAAAGAAGAGAAAAACCCUAUGAAUGCAGUGAAUGUGGGAAAGGUUUCUCCAGAAAGCCACAGCUCAUUCCACAUCAGAAAGCUCACACAGGAGAGAAACCAUAUCUAUGCAGUAACUGUGGGAAAGGUUUCGUUCAGAAGGGCAAUCUUAUUAUCUAUCAGUGGACUCACACUGAAGAGAAACCCUAUGGCUACACUGAAUGCGGGAAGGCCUUCAGCCAGAAGGCAUGUCUCAUUGCACAUCAGCGGUUUCACACGGUCAAGACUCCCUUUGUAUGUACCCAAUGUGGAAAGUCCUGUUCGCAGAAAUCAGGACUCAUCAAACAUCAGAGAAUUCACACAGGAGAAAAACCCUGUAGGUGCAGAGAGUGUGGGAAAGCCUUCACCACAAAGACAGUGCUCAUUGUCCAUCAGAGAACUCAUAUGAGAGAGAGACCUCCUGGAUACGAUGAGUGUGGGAAAGCUUUUACCCACAUGUCAUGCCUGGUGAAACAUAAGAGGACAUGUGUAAGAGAGAAACAUAUAGAUUCAUUGAAGGUGGAAUAUCUUCCCACAAGUAGUCACAGCUUAUUAGAUACGAGUGAACUCAUGCAGAAGGAAAAGCUUGUUAAUUUGGUGACUGUGACUCCUCACACAUCAUUAAACAUCAGGGGGCUCCUAGUAGAUAGAAAUGGAGUCACUGUGGAAUAGCCAACUGCCGGACAUGCACCCUCAGGAGAUAACAGAGAGUUCAUACAGGAAACGAAUGUUAUGAAUGAAGUGAAUGUGGUUAUGCCUUCUAUGGUCAGUUAUAUCUUAUGUCACAAAAAACACACAGGAAAAAACUGGUACAUUCAAUUUGGAAAUCCUUGAGCAAUAAUAUCUAGCUGAUUAUAUGAUUAUGGGUCAAUAGAAAGCCUGUGAAUGCAGAGGGUAGGAAAGCUGUUUUUAGGAAGAUAGACCUUAUCUAUCACCAGUGAUCACCAUAGAUCAUCAGUGAGCUCAUAGUGGGUAGAAAUGUGACAGAGCGAAUGUUCUUGCCCUCCAUAGAUGUCAGCAUAUUCUGGAGAGAGUCUGUUGGAAGGCAGUGAAUGUGCAGGUUUUCAGCAGGGCAUUCUGCCUCAUCUGUUAGCAGGUAAAAUCAUGUAGAAAUAAAAUGCCGUGAACACACUAAAUGUGGAACACCUUUAACAAAAUAUUGAAGUCCUUGUAAAUCAAAGAAGGCCUGUGAAAAUGAAGAAUAUUUGAAGUUCAAGUUCAUCAUAUAUUACAUAAUACACCUGAUGAAUAUUUUUGGACAGGAUACCUUGAACCAUAUUCCUAGUUACUAUGUUAAAUGAUUCUAUAACUUAAAGGAGAUAGUCUCUACCCCACAUCAUUGGUUAACAUCAUCACAUAUUCACUUCUCCAUUUGUAGAUUCUUUUCCUUUAAAACAAUUAUUUCCAAUAAACACC